AAAAAUAGUUAUUGAAAUAAGUAGUAAAUCCUCCUUAGAAAAAGGGAAAAACAAACAUCGAAAUGAUUUAUUACCACCAGUUAAAAAUAAUACUAGGGGAGAACAAGACGAAUUUCUAAAAGAAGCUUAUCGAAUAGAUUCUCAUAUCAAUAAUUUAAAGAUUUUUCUACUUUCAAUUCGAAAAGUUUACCUAAACACAGCAUCGCAACACUACACUCCUUCAAACUUUAGCUAUACUGGCAGUUUUAACCUAUCCACCUUUAAUAGUAAUGAUGAUCAAAACUUCCUUUCGAAAUUUAAUCCUUCCACAAAUUUGACAGAUAAAGAACGAGAUGAAAUUGACUUACAAGCUAAAAUGAUUAUACAACAAUGUCUAGAUCGAAUUAAGAAAUUGGAAGAAUCCGAAAAAAGUGGGUUAAAUUUGUUCAAUUCAUGUCAGUUAUUAUACUUAAUUAAUAAAAUUAAAAAUUUGGCAGAACGGCAAAAUUCAGUUAUGAAUAAUACAUGGAAUAAAAUAUUGUCGACAGCUUUUUCGGCCGAAGGACAUGAUAUGCUACCAGCUAUUCGUAGUAGUAUAACAUGGUAUUUAAAUAAACGGUUAACUGAAGUUUCAAUGAUACAAAAAAAUCAACAGGAAACAAGGAUCAUGAAAGAAAUUGAAAAGCGGGAAAGCACAUUGUACAAGUCAGCUUCAAUUAGACCUUCUACCCCAUUACCAUUUCCAACAAUGAUAAAUGAAGAAAAAGAGAUACCAGGAAAACAUGAUGACGAGUUAAAUGGAGGUACAAUGGUAACAGAUGAUGAUGAUGAUAUUGAACGACACUUGACAACUGAACAAAAAAUGAUGUUGGAAAUGGAAAACGAAACAAUGAUGAAAGAAUUAGCGACGUCUUUGGAACAAGUCAAUCAAGCUGAAAAGGCAUUAUUAGAGAUAUCCAAUUUACAAUCAGUUCUUUCAAAUCAUUUAGCAGUACAGACACAACAAACAGAUAGAUUAUAUGCCGAAGCUAUUGCUACUACCGAUAGAGUACAAGAAGGAAAUUUGAUGUUACAGCAAGCUAGGCAAAGAGCUUCUGACACAAGGAAAUGGGUUCUCACAUUUUUAAUAAUAGCCAGUUUCAUUCUACUAUUCUUAGAUUGGUAUGAUUAA